AUGAGAACCUUACUUCAAGAAGAAGACUCCGACAAACUUCUCCGAUCACCCGCUACAUCUUCACCUUUCGACUCGUCCUUAGUCCUCACCGUCCUCGUCCUCCUCACCGUCCUCUUUUUCAUGGCUUUUUUCUCCCUCUACAUCCGCCGCUUCUCCUCAGUCACCGACUCCGGAGACUCCGAAGCUGGUAACUCUACACCACGUUUACAUAAACGCGGUGGAGUAGAUGUCUCCACCGUACAGUCACUACCCAUCGUACAGUACGGUGGAGACUUGAAAACCUGGAACGAAUGCUCCAUAUGCUUAACGGAAUUUGAGGAGAGAGAAACGGUGAAAGUGAUCCCCUACUGCCGUCAUGGGUUCCAUCCUGUGUGCAUUGAAACAUGGCUUUCAUCGCACGGCUCUUGUCCAAUGUGUAGAUCUACUCAACUGUUUCCGGCCGUUGAUGAGGUUCGUACGGGUACCGGAUAG